AUGACUACCCUCAAAUCAGGUGACGCCUUUCCUAGCGACAUUGUCUUUACGUACAUUCCCUGGAGCGAGGAAAGCGAUAGCAUCACUUCCUGUGGCAUCCCAAUCAACUACAACGCAUCUAAGGAGUGGGCGAACAAGAAAGUUGUGUUGUUUUCGGUUCCUGGUGCUUUUACUCCUACCUGCUCCGUUAACCACGUGCCUGGAUAUAUCCAGAACCUGCCAAAACUGCGCGAGAAGGGCGUGGACAUUGUCGCAGUUGUUGCUUUCAAUGACCCCUUCGUGAUGAGUGCCUGGGGCAAGGCAAACCGUGUUCAACGGGAUGACAUACUGUUUCUCUCUGACCCCGACGCCAAGUUUUCAAAGAGCAUUGGCUGGGCUGAUGAGGCAUCCGGUCGUACAGGCCGAUAUGCCAUCGUCAUCGAUCAUGGUACGGUCCGAUAUGCCAAGAUUGAAACCGAAAGAGGUGCGGUCAGGUUAUCCGGUGCCGAUGCGGUCCUUGCGUCUCUUUAG